AUAGCAGUGUUAUGCGCUCUGUGCACAUCAUUUAGUAACGAAUCUUGAACCCAAACACAACGAAUAAUCGCGCGCGCACGCGUCGUUCAAAGUAAUCUCAAGCAAACGGGAACAACACCAGCGACAAUGUUUCAGAAAAGGAUUAUCGAACUGUUUACAUUGCUAUUUUAUUGGAUGGUUAUCACGCCAGCGAUCUACCAAUAUUGCAAAACACAAAAUUGGAUACUCUGGGAUUUAAAUAAACCAUUUCAAUCAUUUUCGGAUCAUGCGACAUUCGCAUUGUGUUUACUCGCUGGUUAUGUGACCUUUUAUCGCAUUGUCAUCUUCAUCUACAUGAAGCUGAAAGUCUGCGAUGUUAAAAUGUGGCAUAAACUGAAGAAAACCCAGGAGGAUCCCGAGUCACAGCUUAGCGAUAAAUCACACUAUCAAGCCGUAUCCACGGAAAAUCUGGAUACCGUUGAUGGUCACAAAGCGGACAAAAUGAUGCCCAAAGUGAUACGCACCAUUAGCCAUCCGCUGUUGAUCGAAAGUGAUCUGGCUCGCAUACACAUCAAACAUGAGACACGUCCAUUGCGCAGUGCGACUUUGCCACGCGAACAGCAACAACGACUGGGCCAAAAUCAAAUCUCUAGUCCAACGCCUAGUCUACGCUCAGCACCACCUGUGCCAGCAACUCCGCCCCGCACUCCGGGCAUGGCUCGAAAGUUGAGCCAUGGUGUCAUCAUGUCCCCAGACGUCUUAAUGGGCACAACAACACAUCACUCACAUCAUUCACACCUGCGACAAGGGGUCAAGACGUGAUUAGUGAAAAAGAGAGAGCGAGAGCGUUUGAUCGAAGUGAAUCAGCAUUCAAGUAUUAGCAUUAGCACCACACCAAAGAAUCACAAGCGAUGGACAAGUUCUGUCUGCAAAUUAUAGGCAAUUCUUAAAUGAAUUUUUCAAUUAUUCCAUCAUUGCAGCACUUGCAGUGUUUUAAAUUAAACGACAUUUUAUUUAUAUAUUCGAGUUGUAGGCAAUUUUCAAAUUCAUUUUUUAAUCUUUCGAUCAGCAUUUCUCAUUGAAGUAUUUGCAUUGUUUCAAAAUAUUCCAAGUGGGAUACUUUCUCAAACAAUUUAAGCAUUUCGAAAAUUAAGAUUAUUUCGAAGGCUUAAAUGUUUUUUGUAAAAUGGUAACACUUCUUGUAACAGGAAUUAACCAUUCAGUAAGUUAUUUAAGUAGCGAAUACCUACACUUAAUUAUUUGUGUAUUUGUAAUCUAAAUAUAAGGGAUCAGCUUAACUGAAAACAUAUUAUGUAUUAUAUUUAAUAAUAUAUUCCAAUAAAUCGAAUCAAUGUCCAAAAUGUAAAAAUUUC